UAUUCUUUUCUGUUAAUGCUGUCUUUAAUCCCAAUUUUUAUAGUUGUCCUGAUCGGUGACUCUGGUGUAGGCAAAAGUAAUUUGCUGUCGCGCUUUACGCGUAAUGAAUUCAACUUAGAAUCCAAAUCAACAAUUGGUGUGGAAUUCGCCACACGGAGCAUAGAGGUGGAUGGUAAAACAAUUAAGGCGCAAAUUUGGGAUACAGCUGGUCAGGAGCGCUAUCGGGCGAUCACUUCUGCAUAUUAUCGUGGCGCUGUUGGGGCUCUGCUUGUUUACGAUAUUGCCAAGCAUUUGACAUACGAGAAUGUUGAGCGGUGGCUGCGGGAGCUGCGCGAUCAUGCCGAUCAGAAUAUUGUAAUAAUGCUGGUUGGCAAUAAAUCUGAUUUGCGACACUUGCGUUCGGUGCCGACGGAUGAAGCAAAACUAUUUGCGGAGCGCAACGGCUUAAGUUUCAUAGAAACAUCAGCCUUGGACUCGACGAACGUUGAAACCGCAUUCCAAAAUAUACUCACAGAGAUCUACCGUAUUGUGUCGCAGAAACAAAUUAGAGAUCCUCCUGAAGGUGAUGUUAUUCGUCCCUCAAAUGUGGAGCCCAUCGAUGUAAAGCCCACUGUUACAGCCGAUGUUCGCAAGCAGUGCUGUCAGUGACCGCCCCAACGAUUCACUGAGGCAGGAGUAGCAACUGCUGCCUGUAACAGCCAGAACAGCAAUAGCAAGAGCAAGAGCAACAACAAUUACAACUAUAAUAACAGCAUAAGAUGUUAUUUUUUGAACCACAGCCACAAGCAGUUUGUCAUAUAUGCAUAAAAAAUAUACCAACAACAAAAGCAAAACAAUCGCAACAUCAACAUCCGGCUGUAGUUAACAGCAGUUUAAACUGAAGUUUUAAUAUAUAUCGCAUAAAGCAUCGAUAACUUCGAGGUCUGAUGAAAAAAGUUACAAAAGCAUAAAGGGAAACACUAAAACACUCCAAAUUCAGUUUAAGCUGUAGCUGUAACUAUAAUUUAUAUAAAUAUACAUAAAUGCUAAUAUUAAA